UGCGAGACAAAUGACUCCCACUCAAGCCCAGCCACCAUACCACAACAUCCCAUGUGUCCAGAGCUGCUGUGUUCAUGUGAAAAGUUGCGUUUAUGUAGGAUCGGAGAGCUAUAGACUGUGCAAUGGCACUCAAGCUAGCGGUACCAAAAUAGCAGACGACUAUUUCUAUUUCAUCUGUCGCCCACUCGACACCAAACAGUCGCUCAGAUAUGUGCUCUCGCUAACUCCUUCCUGCGUUACAGCUCUGGCCUUGCCGGCGACUAUUUCGGUAGGGUGUGUGUUCAGUUCCUGCUCCUCCAGUGCUCGCUUGAACAUGGAUUUCUACCCGGUUGUGUUCAGAGAAGGACAUUUUGCUAUGGAGUAAAACAAAUAUCUGACUUCACUUGGUGUGAUCUGUACUAUUUUUGAUGUCUCUGAUGAACGGACAUUCAAAGGAUGAAAUACAGAAGCACUAUAAAAGGGAAAUCAUAAUGUAAUCUCCAAUCUGUAGAGAUGACAAAGCAAGAAGUGUCAAGCCAGGUCAGCUCCGCUUCAGACUGAAGGACUGGACAUACACAUUCAUCAUGAGCAACCAGGAGAAGCGCCACAGGACGAGCAUGCAGCACCUCCGCUAUCUUAAUAGCUUUAUGGAUGAAAUAGACCGUGAGGUCAUGAGCCUGACUGAUCGAGCUUUUAAGAGCCUAUGCAUUGGAGAUGAAGCAAUCUACAAUGACUCUGAGUUUUCCCCCUCUCCAGUCAGCUGCCACAAGCCAAGGGUGGAGGAUGUCUCAAAAAAGACACAGGAGAGCACAUUUUCUGCUGUCAGAAAACUUGAUUCUUACCACAUUAAUGGAGAAAUUGAUCUGUUGAGUAGGCCAAGUAAGUCAUCCAAAGACUCCUCACUUUUUGCAGUAUUUGCUGCCAAAAAGAAUGGCGAGAGUGCAAAGAUGACAAACGGUGACUCGUGGGACAAAUCUGCUCUACUCAGCAUCCAAAGAGAACUCUCAGAGUUUUCUUCAGAUUAUCACAGCUUGACAGCAGAACACCUUUCCCAAGCCAAGAAUCAUCUCAAAUCAGGUGAAAAAGUCUCGGUCGAAAAAUCAGGCAAGAAUGAACUGAUGCCCUCGGGAAAAUCCUCGAAGAGCAAGCACCACAAAAACAACAAACUGAGAAAACUCAAUUAUAUAAACUUUUUCCUCCACAGUGAGUUCAGCCCAUUCUUGUCAUGGAGGGAUUUUAAUCAAUUUUCCAUUGGGCCGGAGCACAUUUCAGAGAUUAUGUUAAAUGACAGAUCACCUGAAUGGUAUGAUUCACCUCUUUACAAAGAAUUAACUGCAGCACAUGAACACUAUAAAUUAAGUCUCCCCACAUCAGUGGAAAAGUGUCCAGAACAAAAAGAGACUCAUUCACCUAAACCACAGCUUGCACCAGUGAAAUCUGCAGCACCUACUGUACUUCCAAAACCAGACAAAGAGUCUGAGCACAUCCAGCGUAAUAUUCCUACAAAGGCUUCUCCACUUGAAACUGAACAGAGAUGUAAUUCGGAAAGGGCAGAACCUUGUGCUCCAUGGCGAAAAAGUAGAAGCAGAGCAAAAAGUGCUGCUCCUGUGGGGCACUCCAUCAUAAACUCCCCAGUCUGCGAGAGGAGAAAUCCUGGAGAAAGAAGUGCACAGACAUUUAAAAAAGAUGUGAAGACAGUCGAGGACCAGGCCUCUGCUAGUUCAACUCCUUUCAGCAUUUCACAGCUGUUGACACCAGUGAUACCCUCCAGACAUGGAACAGGAACCUCAGAGAUACUGCAAACUGUGCUUUCACCCACAGCCCUGGAGAUCCCAGCAAUCCAUGAGAGAGAUCUGCAUCCAUCACCUGAGAUUAAAAGGGAAGGUUACAAAUCUAUAGCGUCAAGCUUGCUGUUCAAUCUCAAGGACAACAGAAAAAGGGUUAAGACAAUGUACAGCCCACCAAAGUUUAAAGGUUUGGAUGUUGCAAAUCAAAGUAAAGAGUCUCCUCAGCUUGAGGUGUCAAAAGACAGGCUUGAAAUACCCGAAGUUUCAGAUGCAAAAACUAUUUCACCUGCUCGUCAAAAACCUAUCAUAUCUCCAAUGAGUCCCUUGUUGGAAAAUGCAGACACUCAAAGCUGUUCUCCUGCAAAUGGCAGAGUACCAGAUGACUAUUUGGGAUUAAGUCUGCUCCAGUCUGGAAAAGCAAAAUCAAACCGGAGCCCUGCAGCUAACAAGGCAACGUACCCCUCAUUACAACUUUACCAAAAAUCUAGUCCUGGGGAGAUUAAUAUUAGAGCGAAUGCUCAAGCUGCGGUCGACACUUGCUCUCAGGUUUUCAAAGACAAAGCCACUAAAGAUCAUGACACUGAGCGUAAUUAUCCAAGUGAAUUAGAAAAAGGUGUCGAGCUCCAAAGUAAAAAUAUCCCCUUAGAGUCAAGGCUAAAUGCCAAGAAACUCACUGUGGAUUUAAAUAGUGAAUGUAAUACUGAAAACAAAUCUGGAAAAAGUCCAAAUGUAAGUUUAGCAAAUACGGAACAACAGAUCAUUAGUGAGGGUACAAGUCAAAUUAAGGAUAGGUUGAAAACUACAGGAGUUGUCAGUGCACAGAAAAGCCCUGUUAAAGAAAAGGAACUGAACAGAAAAGAGGCGGGAGCAAAGCAUGUCUUUUCUGCACGACAGAAUAACUAUAUUAAAAGUCAGAGAUUUGUAAGUACAGAUGAUGAUAAUGAUCACAGUGAGGAUAGUUCUAAUCCAGAAAAAGGGUUGUUAACAGUAAAGGAUUAUAAAAAUGGUGAUGACGAGCAGCCCAGGCAUUCAAGGAAUGCAAAAACAAAAGAUGCAAGACAAAAGGAACGAAAUGAAAGCAUGCAUAGGGAAAAAGUACUAGUUCAAACAACUGUAGAUGCACCACUGCUGAAAGAAAGGGUUCAUGUAAGAGGAGAGGCUACCACAGAUCAGAGCAGUAUUAUAUCAAAGAGUGGUUUGGGAGAUCAAAAGGAGAAUAUAGGAAACCCUGACACAAUGAAAGGAAACACUUUUGCAAAGAGAGCACUGUUUGCAUCAAUGGAACAAGAGUCUAAAAAGACAAAUACUACACUCUUAAAGAAAGAUGACGCUGUCAUUGAUAAGUAUGACCUGGCCAAAAUGGCUAUAGAGGAAGUAAUUGCUGAACGAGAACAAAAGAAGUUAUGUAAGGCUGUCUCAAAUUUAGAAGGUUCAAUCGCUGAUAGAAAAGGAGUUAGGUGUAAAGAACCUCAAGAUGGUAUUGAGUUACCCAUCAAGACAGAAAAAGAGCUACCUUGUAUAUUCAUGCUGAAUGAGAGGGUAAAGGGUGCAAAAGAAGCCAAAGGUCAGAAUACUGUAUCUGCUAUUAAAACAAAUUGGCAGACUGUUAAAACUAUGCCAGAAGACAUGGCCAAACAUGGUGAAAGUCAUGUGUCUGAGGUAAAAUUAGCCAGGCCCUGUAAGCAGGAAGAAUCUAUUGGGCAGUGUCAGCAUUCAGAACCUAUAAAAUAUAAUGAGACAGACAGGUUGUGCUUAGACAGUAAAGAAAGCAACAUAGAAAAUGUCAGCAAGGGUGAAAAAAUGUGCCAAAAGAAAGAGUUGAUUAAUAAAAAUAGAAGUAAUUUAAAGAAAGCUGCAAUGAGUGAUCAUUUGGGAAAUAAUGAUAUUCGUAUUGUGGGACAGUGUGAGAAAGAGUUGGGUGUUGCCCAAAAAGAUAGUUCCUACAAACCUGAGAUACCCCCAAGAAGAGGUAGAAGUAAUUCUCAGAGUAACGAAUGCGUUGGUGAAAACAUAGUAAGUAAGUUAGACUUUAGAGAAGGUGAUGUGACAGUCAAAACUGAGGAAAUGAAAAGUAAAGAAGUUGGUAAAGUUCAGUCAAGUCAAUCAAAGAAUCGAGGCCCAGUGAAAGGCAAUGUAACAUCUCUGAAAGAGAAAUAUGACAAAGAAAGUAAGAUGGUUGUUCAGAAAGGUCUGUCUGUUGAAGGUACAUGUUCGGAAAAGUCUAUGGAAGAGGGAACCCAUGAUAAGGCUCCAAAAGACAAAAUGAAACACAAAUUUGUUCCACCGAAACUUACAGUCAGUGAUCCUGAAAGUGGGACUUGUUCUAUUAUAUACAAGGAGAUGGAUUCAGAGAAUGAAAGAAUGUCUACCAACUCUUCAAGAGAAUCAGAAAAAGGUGAAGAACAUUCUGGUUCACAGAGGAAACGCAGUGUCAUCCAACCGUCUCAAAAGGAUAUACAUGACAUUACAAACAACAUGAAUGAAGAACUGCAAGACGACAAGCAAGUGAAUAGAAAGGUAGAGGAUACUGUACGUCUGAAGGAGCUGGAGGACAAACAGAACAAAUCCAAAGGUCCUUCUAAAAGCUACGUUAAAGACUUCCUAAAUGGACUUCUAGGUCUUUCAAGUUCAGAAAAGCUCAAAACUGUCAGUGACCCCGAAGAAGAACUCUCUGAAACAUUGUCCUCAGAGUCUUUUAAAACCGAUAAAGGCAGAAAGGACAGUAUAACAGUAUAUGAUAUCAUUGGAAAGCGUUACUCUGUAACUUCACUAAAUGGUAAACCAGCACAUCACAGCAGUCAGUCUUCAAACUCAAGUGAAUUCUCUCUAUUACAUGAAUCAGAACCAGGAGCACAACCAGAAGAGUUUUCAUGGAAAUCUGACAACACGAAAGAAAAGAUUGAUGGAAAGGUAAAAGAGAAUAUCCAGGAACCAACAAUUGAUUCCUGCUCCAUAAGUAACCAUGAAAGUGAAUCAGAUAUCUCUGACAGAGUAGUUUCUCCACCAAGCGAUGUGGACAAGAGGGGAUGGGUGCAAAGCUUGAUUGAGUCAGCCAGAGACUUAAAACCAAUAUCACACAGUCAUGGUUCCUCCAAGGAUCAACAAGAAAUAGGUCAACGGCUCUCUAUGAAAGACCAGUUGAAUGGAACUGAGAAUGAUGAGGAAGAUCUGAAUCUCUUCAAGGACCGUAUCCAUUCUCCAGUUCCUAUACCUGGUAUACCAGUCAAGAGCCCCCCACCAAACCAGCCAGCUAUGCAUUUCUUGUCCCUUCCAGCAACUCAUCUGGUCACAGUAAAACAGAGAAAGUUGUCAGCUGGAAGUGCCUCAGUUUCUGAAGAAGAGGAACGGCGCUCUGCUGUGAGCACUUUAUCUGAGGGCCUGGAUGGCUAUGAAACAAGUGGAGGGGAUCUGAUGGAGGAAAACAUCUCUAGUACUGCGCCAACUGAGGAAUCCAAUGAACCCAGUGAGAGGUCUGGUUCAGCUUGCAGUGGAAGUGGCCAGAACAAGCCACCUGUUGUACCACCAAAAACUGAAAAAGCUUUACGCCGAGCCAUGAAGCUCACAACUAGGAGGAUACAAAAAGCUGAAGCUAAAAGCAAAUCUGAGCGUAAAGGCCGGAGCGGUGACAAAACUGUCAAGGCUGAGAGGAGGCACCAUAGCACUGAUCACAGAUCCCUCAGCAGUGAUAGGAUCAGCAGCAAACACAGUGAGCAUUUCAAUCACACAUUUGAGCCUAAAUCUCAAAAAACAGAGAAGCAUGAUAGACAUCGUAAUGAUCCAAACAGCCAGAGCAUUGAGGGGAAUGAUCCUAGCAAGAAACUGGACCAUGCAACUAAAGUUGAAGUCAAACAAACCAGUCAAACUGGUGACUCAAAGAGUCAUAACCCUGAAAAUCAACAUCAACAGUGCACAUCAAACCAUGGGGAUCGUUUGGAAAAUGGCAAUGUAAGUAAUGACAGUGACAGACUGGGUCGAAGGAAUGAGAAAUACUUGCCCAAAAAACUAGAGCGUAGGACUCAAAGUCUGGACAGAUUUCUAAGGGAUAAACAUGAAAGCGUGUCAAGUAGCACUGGGGAAACUGCUGGUGUCAAUUCUGAGUUUUCAACAAAAGGAUCACAGUUGUCCACUUCAGAGGCAUCACCUUUGCACCACAACAGCAUUGAACAUACUUACACAUCAGCCAAUCAUCUUGUAACCCAGUCCUUCCCAAUCACCCAGAGGAAGCUUUUACAAGACCCUGAUUCAGGACAAUACUUUUUGGUGGAUAUGCCAGUGCAGGUUAAAACGAAAACGUUCUUUGACCCAGAAACAAAGAGUUAUGUGCAACUGCCAGUCCAGUCUCCUGAGCGGCAAGCUCCACCAAUGGAGGUUAUGAACACACCAUCACUUAUGGUGUUUCAUGGCUUUGUUCCAGUGCCUGUAGCAUCCCAGAAGUCUGUUGUCAGGACUCAAGGGUCUGUGAUUCCUCCUGAUGACCAGGAAGACUUUGAUACAAGCAUGAAACAGAUGCAGGGAGACUUUUGUCAGAUGCAAAAUGAAGAGAUAAAUGCUUACAUUGAGCCUGUGUAUAUAGCACAAGAACAUACACCUGAAGAGGAAAUUGAUAGUGUGAGAUGACAACAUCCAGACUGAACCAGUCCAGAGAUUGAAUGUGUGAUCGAAAUCAGGGAUUUGUGUUGUUUGUUUCCAACUUGCAGUCUGGUGUGAAGCGGAAAAGUGUUUGUAUGCUGUUCUUUGUGUAUAGUACAGUACACCAGAUGUGGAUUGUAAAUGAUUAUUGAAGUAAGGCAGUAUUCUAGUUCUCGUACUGUUGGAAGCACUUGUCUAUUUAUAACAGAAGGUUGGAAUUUUGUGCCUUACCAAAAGUAGUUUUGCUUUCUUAAGAGAAAUUUUGGCAAAUUAAUGCAUUUGUUUUGAUACAUCUUUUAUUUUUCAAUGCAGUAUUUAGUCUGCAUCAGAUUAAAGUGAUAUACACAUACAGUAGGUGUUUUUAUGCUUAAAUUGUAUGUAUUAUGCAUCACUUUUCGGGGUAUUUUUUUGGAAUGAAUUAGUACAUUUAAAUGGAUCGUUGCUUCAGAAAGAACCAUUCCAAUAAAGCAUCAUCAAUAAGAAA